UCUACAACUCGUGGCGGCUCCAUAUCGGUGCAGAAACUGGAACUGCCCCGGAGGGUCGUUCGGAAACAGAAAGGUAGAUCUGGUCGUUCUGCAUCUGCCUCUUCAAAAGCGGAACCGGUCGGGCGCGACUACCGGCGGGCACAAGCACCUUCCUCCUCCGCCCCGUCCGCACAGCAGCGACCUUUGGUCUCGUGGUGGGCACGCGAGGUGGAAGCUUUACUGAAAAGGGGCUUCACCGAUCGGGGGAGAAUGCUCGAAGCUUUGCGCAGAUCAGGAGGGGACGUGGAAAAGGCGGAGUUGCUUCUACGGGAGAGCGAUGGCCAUGUUGGUGAAGUAGAAGGGUGGGCCUAGUAUUAAAACGCUAGUAGCCCGUGAUGCCCGCCCCUUCAGCUGCGGGAGGGUGAUUUGUUUACAAGAAAUGCAUGCAUUCUGAAAGCUGAAAGAUCAUUUACUUUUACCCAUUACAUUGAAGUGAAAGAAAACUCGGAUCGUCCACAUGGAAUCUUGAUCUUUUGGCAGAGCAAGCACAUGCUUUAUGACCGAGUAGAGGUGGAAAACAAGUUGUUAAGGACACCCGGCGUCGUCCUCAUCAACUUUCCCGCCCGCAAAGGAUGUACAAAACAAGUUUUUAGCUCUUCCUACUUAUUGUAAACCUCAUCUCUCGACGACCUCGACACCGUCCUUGUGCGGAGUAUGAGUAAAAAGUAAACUCUACUUUAUUUAUUUUUCGAGUAGGGAUCAUGUAGUUGAUGGGGGAGAAGGAGAUGACGGUUUACCUUCCAAUGGAAAAAGAACUGAGCCGCCCGGAGCUUGUUGUACUUUUUUUGCGCUGUAGUUACUUAUGUGGUUCUACCUCAAGUGCUCAACCCCCUACUUCUACGUAAGAUGAUUUCUACAAUAACCAAGCUCCAACUAUAAUCUGUGUAUGAUUUUUGCUCACUGCCAGCAGACAAAGUUAUCGAACCUUUUUAUUCUCGCUGAUGUCUACUACUUUUCUAUCAUCUUUACUUUCGCAUUUUGUUUUCUUUACUCCCCCUUCCCCCGCGGGAUGGGUGAACUCGAAACGAUCGAAGCAUCGGACUCGUGGAGCGUAUUUUUAUUCGUCACUGUUGCAACCCACGCACAUCAUAGUACUCCCCCAUUUUUAUCAAUCUUUUUCGCAACGUUAACGUAAAGGAUCUUUGAAAGCGCACCCGAGUGAAAGAAACGCACGAGAACCUUCAUAUUGCGAGGAUACGUUUUUAGGCGGUCCGUACGACUGCGACGAGGCCUAGUCAUCAACAUCAACCGCACACAUUACAUCACGGAGACAAGGAAUCGCGCAAAGAAACUUGUGACACGCACCAGCUCCGAUCACACAGGCUAUAUCUUCACCGCAAGAUUUAGCUUCAUCUAAGAGCAGCCUAUUCAACGUUGACGCUUUUGAAAUCAAUCUAGCUUUGAACUAGAACUGCUUUUCCAUGUUGAGAAGCCUUUUACCAAGUCGGGCACAGUUUAUUUUGAACCAAAAAAGGAAUCGAGCUCGAGGUCCGUGGGGGAGGAUAGAGCUGAGGUGGUCCUUUGUAGAAGGACUACCUACGUUUCUCGUUCUUUCCUCUCGUAUACUCCUUCCCGGUUCCGAUGUACUUAAAAAACUGGCGCACACAUACUAUGAUUGAGGUUCUCUCCUUGAUAUUUGUUUCUGGGCGUCGUCAUCCAAGGAGCGUACCAUUUCAGGUUAUAAUUUGUGUGUCGACCGUCCGAUAUGGUGUCCUGCUUCUUGCAAGAAACCAAACUCUUUUGGCCAUGUUUAUUUUCGCGCGAGGGCUGUUGCGCUACUGACUCUACACUUCGUCGC